ACGACAACCUGAAGGGCCAGCUGCUCUCCGAUCCGUCCAAGACCAUCGAGCAUGGGAAAUUUCAUGCAUUGCAAGGACGGUAUAUGGUCUGGCGAUGAUUUUACCAAGUGUUUUCGACGGGACUACGGCGACGUGUUCAUACCUCUCUUGCUCAUUACAUGCUCUCUACUGCUCCUAAUUCUCAGGGCUGUGCGAACAGCAUGGCAAUCACUCUCGGCGCACCGAUACCACCCUCUACUGUCGACCGCCGAAGACGAAGAAGAUUACGCAUCCGAAUCCGAAGAUGAGUUUGACGAAGUUGCACCAGAAACAGACGAACAAAUAGAGGCUUCAGAGGAUAAGCCAUGGGGAAGACAGGUCACUGUGGUUCUGGAGCUGUUGUUGGCAUUGGGAUUAAUGGGAGUGCACCUUGCUGAGCUCAUUUUACGCACAGAAGGAAAGUGGAAGAAGAAUGGGUGGAAGCCAAUUGGAGGGUUGAUUGCAUGGUCAUAUGUGGCUGUGGUGGUCCUUACACGACUAUUCGCACCUAAAUGGUCGAGAAAGCAGAGCCCAAGCUUGUGGUACCACACCCUCUUGAUCUACCUCCUGCACUUGCCUAUCGUGUUCUUCGAAGCAAGGUCGGCUGUCAUUCAUACGAUCUCUGAAACGAAGUUCGUCCUUAUUUUGCAUCAGUUUGCUAUGGUCACUGGACUUUGUGUGAUCGCUUUGACGCAGCGCAUCGGAAAUGAGCCGGUCAAGUCCUACAGUGGAGGCGACCUCGAGCCUAGUACCGAGCCUCUCGCCUCUGUCUUCUCGACCUUCACCUUCAGUUGGGUCAAUGCAAUCAUCUACAAGGGCUUCCGCAAAUCGCUACAGAUGAGUGACGUUUGGGAUCUCCGCAGGGAUGACCAUGCUUACCAGGUUGUGAAUGCAUUCCGCAAGACCAAGAGAGCAUCUUCCCUUGCUUGGACUUUGAUUAGGUUUUUUGACAGGUAUCUGUGGGCACAGACGUUCUGGGCCCUUGGCUACUCGCUCCUUACCUUCGCUCCUGUGCUCUGCUUGAAGCAGAUUCUCGAGCUGGUAGACAAACCUGAAGGAACGUCUCGUGAGUUGCUGUGGCUGUACAUCAUCGGGUUGUUCGUGGGAACAGUCGCUUGCAGUAUUGGUAACGGUCAAGCUUUGUACAUUGGUCGCAGAAUCUGUAUUCGACUCCGUGCCAUCAUCAUCGGAGAGGUUUACAGCAAGGCAUUGAGGAGGAGAGAUGUAGCAGCCGCGGCUGCGGCCGAGGCUAAAGAUCUCGAAGACAUAGACAAAAGCAAGGAUGAUAAGGACAAGAAGGAGGAGACCGCUGACCCGGCAAAUCACGGUGCUAUCAUCAACUUGAUGGCUGUUGACGCAUUCAAAGUGGCUGAAAUCUGCGCGUACUUGCAUUACCUGACGGCUGGUGUUCCUAUCCAGAUCAUCGUCGCCAUCUUCCUUCUCUACCGUGUGCUCGGUUGGUCUGCCAUUGCAGGUGUUGCCAGCAUGUUCUUGCUUAUGCCGCUGAACUACUACAUCUCACGCACCUUCAGCAAGAUUCAAGGAGAGCUCAUGGCUGUCACGGACAAGAGAAUCAACACAAUGAACGAGAUCAUGUCCAGUAUUCGUAUCAUCAAGUACUUUGCUUGGGAGGAGCGCUUCUUCGCUCUUGUGGACGAGACCAGAAGAGCUGAGUUGAAGCAGCUUGCUAGACGUUUCACGUUCUGGUGCUUCGCCGGACUUGUAUUCUACGCGUCGCCGAUUAUCAUCACUUUGGUAACCUUCUUUGUGUACACAAAGAUUGCUCAUCAAGAGCUUACUGCACCGGUGGCUUUUACAUCUCUGUCCCUAUUCAAUGUGUUGCGCAUUCCUCUCGAUCAGUUGGCUGAUAUGCUCACCAAUGUUCUUCAGUCCAAGGUCUCGUUGAAUCGUGUGGAGAAGUUUCUUGAUGAGGAGGAGACCCUGAAGUACGAGCAGCUGAGCCAACAGCUGCACGACGAACAGGGCCCAUUUGUUGGGUUUAAGAAUGCUAACUUUACAUGGGCAAGCAAGGCGGAACUUGAACGAGAAGGUACUCUGGUCGCUGGCAAAUCUGCAUUCCAACUUCGAGAUUUGAACGUUCGCUUUCCUUCGGGCGCACUCAGUUUGAUCGUUGGACCUACCGGAAGUGGCAAAAGUUCCCUUCUUAUGGCCUUGCUAGGUGAGAUGACACCCAUCGACGGUGAGGUCUACCUCCCAGGUGGUGGCCGACCACGUGAACAAAUGGUUAUUGACCCACAAACUGGACUUACUGAGUCCGUUGCCUACUGCGCUCAGCAAGCAUGGCUCCUCAAUGACACGAUUCGUAACAACAUCCUCUUCGCAAGUCCAUACAACAAGAAGAGGUACAGCGCAGUUAUCCGUGCUUGUGCCUUGACUCGCGAUUUGGAAAUCUUGAAUGCUGGUGAUCAGACUGAAGUUGGUGACAAGGGUAUUGCAUUGUCUGGUGGUCAGAAGCAACGUAUUUCUCUUGCGAGGGCUUUGUACUCGAACUCUCGCUACAUCUUGCUAGAUGACUGUCUCAGCGCUGUUGAUUCCCACACGGCUCAGUGGAUUUACGCGAACUGCAUUCUUGGAAAGUUGAUGGAUAACCGUACGCAAAUCCUGGUUACCCAUAAUGUCUCCCUCUGUUUGCCUGGGGCGUCACACGUGGUCGUCAUGGAUAAUGGAGUGGUGAAGGCUCAGGGAACCCCGGAACAGAUGGUCGACUUGGGCGUCCUUGCGGACGAUGAAGAGUUGUUGAAGGCAUCCGUCUCUCGCGACCCAUCGCGUGCUACUUCAAGACUGCCUUCGCGUGCGCCUUCGGUCAUGGAGAUCAACGAGGUCAUCGAGGAGCAAGAAGGUGCUAGACAUGACGCAAUGGAGGCUAAGAAGGACGAGGACAAACAUAAAGCGCCAGUAAUGCUGACUCAGGAGGAGACAAAAACUGAAGGCUCUGUUAGUCGGGAGGUGUACUUCGUGUACGCUAAGGCGAUGGGAGGCUGGGGUUACUGGAUGCUGCUCCUCCUGUGCUUCCUCUUGUGCCAGCUCGUUAAUGUCAGUCAGAGCUAUUGGAUCAGAAAGUGGGCUGCAAGUUAUGACACGGCGGACUCAUCCGCAGUCAAGACCACUUACGCCUCUAAACCGGUCGGUGCAAGCAGGCAUGUUGCUCGGGCCGAGACACAGAUCUCGUUCAGUACGGUCGGCGCGUACUUCCAUCAGGAGACGCCGCUGGUGGAAGCUUUGACCCAGAGCAUCGACCUGAAUUACUAUUUGGGUGUCUACGCUGCCCUUGCAUUUGCUUAUAUGAUCGCUACAUUCAUGAGGAUGGCUGUUGUGUUCUAUGGGAGUUGGUGUGCAUCUGGCCGUUUGUACAACGACAUGUUGCAUGCUGUGAUGAGUGCUAAAGUCCGCUUCUUUGACUCUACCCCUCUUGGUCGAAUCAUGAACCGUUUUAGCAAAGACAUCGAAACGGUUGACCAGGAGCUUGCUGUCAUGGCCAUGGCCUUUUUCAAUGACGUUUUGAGUGUGACGACGGUCGUCAUCCUGAUUACGGUCAUCACUCCUGGGUUCUUGAUUGCUGGUGUGUUCAUCACAAUCCUGUACGUUGUGAUCGGCGUGCUUUACCUUAGGACGUCCAGAGAAUUGAAGCGUCUCGAGUCCAUCUCCAAAUCACCUAUCUACCAGCACUUUGGGGAGACUCUUGCAGGAAUUUCCACAAUUCGUGCGUACGGAGAAGAAAGGCGGUUCAUUCGGGAUAACCUCAAGAAGGUCGAUGGCAACAACCGUCCAUUCUUCUACUUGUGGGUUACGAACCGAUGGUUGAGUAUCCGCGUCGACGCUGCAGGAGCAUUGGUGGCUUUCUUUGCAGGUGUGCUCAUCGCUUUGAACCUUGACAGACUUGAUGCAGGUUUGGCUGGAUUGUCGUUGACCUAUGCCAUCACGUUCACUGAGCACAUGCUUUGGGUUGUUCGUUUGUAUGCGGUGAACGAGAUGAACUUCAACUCGGUGGAACGUAUUCGCGAAUACCUUCAUGUAGAGCAGGAAGCCUCGAAGAUUGUCGAGAACCACCGGCCACCGUCUGACUGGCCCCAAAAGGGAACUGUCAUGGUUAAGGACCUGGAACUCAAGUAUGCCCCGGAACUCCCUCCUGUGAUCAAGGGAGUUUCGUUUGAUGUGCCUCCAGCCUCGAAGGUUGGUAUUUGUGGGCGUACAGGUGCUGGAAAAUCAACUAUCGCAAGUGCCUUCUUUCGUUUCCUUGAGCCAACUAAAGGAAGCAUCACCAUUGAUGGCGUGGAUAUUUCCACGAUCGGUCUCACUGACCUGAGAAAUGCCCUCACCAUCAUUCCUCAGGAUCCCACUCUUUUCGCGGGCACAAUUAGGUCAAAUCUCGACCCCUUCAACCACUUCUCCGACGAGCAAGUCGCUGAAGCGCUGCGCCGUGUGCAUCUGGUUGGAGAUUCUACCGAGGCUGACGGUAAUGGCAUCAACGCCAACGUGUUUGAAGAUCUCUCAUCUGCCGUCUCUGAGGGUGGAGGCAAUCUGUCACAGGGACAGAGGCAAUUGAUGUGUGUGGCCCGCUCACUUUUGAAAGCACCUCGCUUGAUUCUCAUGGAUGAAGCCACUGCAUCCAUCGACUUCGCUACCGACGCGAAGAUCCAGACGACAAUCAGAUCCGAAUUCAGUGGCUCAACGAUCUUGACCAUCGCACAUCGUCUCAGGUCAAUCAUCGAUUACGACAAAGUAAUGGUGCUGGAUCAUGGUGAAUUGAAAGAAUAUGAUCACCCGCACGUACUGAUCCAGGACGAGGGAAGUAUUUUUAGGAGUAUGUGUGAACAAUCUGGAGAGUUUGAGGCUUUGCGUGAGAUGGCCGAGGAGGCUUACCGCAAAAGUCAGGUUGAUGAAGCAUUGUUGGUGGAUAUCCAUUCGGCGGCAUAG